GAGUCACUUUUCAAAACCCUAAUGAAACCCUAAUUUGUUUGGCCAAUGGAUGAGUACCAACGAUGCAUAUUGUCCAAUGGAGCUUUGCCAUUUUCGCCCACUCAUGUGCUGCCAAUUUCUGUCCAAUUGUCAUGUCCCAUGUGUCUAGAAUGAAGGUCUUGUGCAUCCAAUAGAUAAUCCAAUUAGCACUUGACAUAUUUGAAUGAUGAGGUGACAAAUGGCAAACUAGAAACACAUGCAUUGGUGCUCAAUUUCCUGGUUAAUGAAAACAAUGGGUUGUUUGAUGGUUUGGUUCAGCCACAGAUUCAUCUAUCUAUUCCCCAAUCCUAUACCCUCAACAUUCUCAAACUCUUUCUCUCGCCCUUUCCAUCUUGUCCUUCACAAUCACAACAACCACCGCUACCACCACCACCUGUGAGGGAGUGGCCGAGAGAGAAGAUUUGCCGGCGGGAGACAAAGAGUUCCAGCCGAGGAAGAGAGUGUUCCGACCGAGAUAAAGAGUUCCGGUGGCGUUUCGCGGUAACACGGCGGUGACGGCAGUGACGAAGCUUCUUUCUCCUUCUUUUCUCUGGCUCUAUGAGAGAGGACUAUUAGGAGGCCAGUUUUACCGUGGAAAAUGCAGGAUGCCAAGAACUGCUAUACUUAGGUUUUUAGAAAGAACUGCACAAGACUUGCUUCAUGCAGCAUUUUGCAGAUAAAGGAUGGAUUUUGAUUUAGCUUGAAGGUUUUGAUCAUCUGUUAUAAGAGGUAGUUUCUCUUCUUGCAUCUUUUACAUUAUGAUCUUUUUUUUUAUUUGCGAAUUUAAUUAGCAUUUAGCACAUGUAUUAUAUGUUCUUAAUGUUCCUGAGUUUUCAUCUAUUUGAUGUGAAUUGCAAUCAAUUAUAGUUAUAUCGAGACAAUUGAUACAUAGGAAUUACCUAAAACACAUAUCCAACACAUAACAAUUCUAAGAGAAAAAAGCCUAGGAUUAAAAAAAAAAAAAAAAAAACUAAGCAGCCAUAGACACUGAAGCUAUGCAGAUAAAUUUGGAACCCAUGUUGGUGAAUCAUAAUUGCUACUUUUAGGGGAGGGGGAUAGAUAUUUAUGGUUACUACUAUUUUAUAGGGAUGGCUACAUUAUCAUGGCUACUUUUUAGGAAGUAUUGAUCAUCCAAUCCUAUAUUUUUGCAUAACUCCUUCACUAAUCCACACAUAUUUUCUCAUUGAUCGAAUACAUCACUUUUCUAAUUUUCUUUUCUAUAUGCGUUUUGUAUAUCCUAUCUCAAAACUAUCUUCUUCUAACCCUUCAUUUUCCAUAUGGCAUGCUCUCUUAUGAUUUUGAAUGCUUUAAUAUACAAUACUUAAUUGGUUCACCUAUUCAAAGAAUUAAAUCUUUGCUAUGUUAUGACACUACUCAUGUUCUCAAUUUGUGAAUAUUCAUCUCUCUAAUUGGCUUUCUGUGUUGGUUUUUUGCAGGCUAUGUGAAAGAGGUAGGUCAGUUUCAAUUUUUUGGUUCUCAAUCUUAUGCUUGGUUUAUGUUUUUCUGUUUCUUUGCUGGUUUUUCUUCUAUUUUUCCUGUAUCAUUCUUGCUGAUUUGUUCAUCAUCUUCUUUUCAAUUUUUCACUAUUUUCGGUUUCCCAUUCAUGAAGAGUAUAGAUCUUGAUUUUAAUUUGAUUGUACUCAUGAUUUGUGGAAAUACUUUAGUUUAUGAUUUUAUGCAAUGUUAUUAUAUAUAUGGUUAUUGUAUUAAUUUUGUGUGUUGAUCUUCAUUUUCUCUCAAAUUAGAAUUUCUGCUAGAGUUGUGUAAUGCCAACAAGCUUGGCAACAAUACAAGGGGUGGUUUUAAUUUCACAUGAUUUACUUUGUUUUGAAGUAGUCAAGUUUAUAUAUAUGGUCAGAUAAUUGCUUAAUGAUUUUCCUUUCAAGCACUCUCAGUAUCUCUAUUUUUGUGCACUUGAAGUUGAUUUUUUGUAUGCUCAGUAAAGACCUUUUGUGUUGGGUGGGAUUGAUAGUCUUUUAUCACAAGUCAUAGAGGUGAUUUAAAUUUCCUUUGGGGUUUUGUUUCCCUUUUUUUCCUAUUGAUGACAAACACUACUAACUUUUUGUAUGCUCAGUAAAGCUGUGAAUAAUUUCCAAGAGUAAGUUAAGAUUUGUUGAUGGUUUGCUCCCUGCUCCGACAAAUUCAAUUCCUGCUAUUAUGACUCACAAUAAUCUAGCUAUCAAAUUUUUGGAUCUUGAACUCUGCAAGUCCUCCAUCACCAAACCUUAUUAUGAAGCUUAACGUUAUGCAUAUGGAAUGUGCAACUUGUCUGCAUUGCUAUGCCAUAUUUUUCUAAUUUGCAGGCAUUGCUUCAUGUUAUAUAUUGGGACUCACUGCCUGACAUGCAAGAGCUUACUGGGAUUAACUCAAAAUGGGCAACUACCUUGAUGGCUCAGCAUCUGCUAGCAACAGCUGAUCGGUAUGGCUUAGAUAGACUUAGGCUGAUGUGUGAAGCAAGUUUAUGUGAAGAUGUUGCAAUAAACACUGUGGCUACAACUUUAGCUUUGGCAGAGCAGCACCAUUGUUUCCAGCUGAAAGCAGUCUGUCUGAAAUUCAUUGCAAGGCCUGAAAAUCUCAGAGCUGUGAUGCAAACUGAUGGUUUCGAGUAUUUGAAGGAAAGUUGUCCAUCUGUUUUGACUGAUCUUUUGGAGUAUGUGGCCAGAUUUACUGAGCAUUCAGACUUCCUGUGCAAGCAUAGGAACGAAGCAAUACUUGAUGGCAGCGAUGUAAAUGGAAGGCGGGUGAAACAAAGAAUAUACUGUGAAAAAUGACCAGGUCUUCAUAGAACCCUGUUCCACUCACAUUCAAAGAUUACAGUGAGCCAUGGAUAGAGGGAGAUGACAAUCAUUUAUAGGAUUAGUGGCAAUUUUUAUUUGUCGUAGCUUAGUCCAUGUCUAGAUGUAAAUGUAAUGUGUUUGGUGGCUGUAUCAGGUUUGUCUUGGAUAGGUUUCUCACGUUCUCUAAUAUACACGCUGCAUAUAGAGUUUGAAAAAUUUUCUCCCCUUCCAAUUAAAUUUGAAAUGCUUUUUGCCCAA